AUGGCUUUGAAAGUGCAUCAGUGGGGUCCUCUGCUCCUUCUGAGUAAGUCAGUUGCUGCCAGGCUGAAGGUAUAUAAGACCUACAAUGGAACCAACCCUGAUGCUGCUAGCCAGGCCAUUGACUAUGUUCAGAGACAGCUGCACUGUUGUGGAAUUCACAACUAUUCAGACUGGGAAAGUACAGACUGGUUCAAAGAAACCAAAAACCAGAGCAUCCCACUUAGUUGUUGCAGAGAGACAGCCAGCAGCUGUAACAGCAGUCUGGCCCACCCCUCUGAUCUCUAUGCUGAGGGGUGUGAGGCUUUAGUUGUGAAGAAGCUACAAGAAAUCAUGAUGCAUGUUAUCUGGGCAGCGUUGGCAUUUGCAGCUAUUCAGCUGCUGGGCAUGCUGUGUGCCUGCAUCGUGUUGUGCAGAAGUAGAGAUCCUGCUUAUGAGCUCCUCAUCACUGGCGGAACCUAUGCAUAG